UAUGUUUUAGUCGAGUGUUGUAUUGGAUUGAUUUUAGUUUUAACUUGAAUUAAGACUCGGAUCAUUUGCACAUUUCAUUAUUAAUCUUUUAGUUUCAAAAGUCGAGUGUAAAAUUCGUAAAGCCAAUCAGAAAUGAUUAACAGUUUAAUUUUGAUGAUGUUUUUAUAUUCAAAUUUUGUAUCAACAGAGUACUACGAAAAAAUUGCUUGGGGUUCAUAUGUUUACGAAGAAGGCGCAUAUCCUUUCUAUCUUUCUAUUCAAGAACCGGUUGGCGGAAACCCGAAAAAUGGAUACUAUCAUGCCUGUGCUGGAGCAUUAAUAGAACCAAGAAUCAUGUUAACAGCAGCUCAUUGUCUCAUGAAUGACACACUUAUUCCACUUAUGCGCAUUUUACCCAACUAUCGAAAUACGCCGUUGAUUUUACCAGGAGAUCUAGUAUUCAAAAUUGAAGCCUACGAGAGACAUCCAGGUGCUGGUUCUGUCUCAUGGGCAACAGCUAAAGAUGACAUUGCUGUUGCACUUUUGGACAAACCUGAUCCUCGACCUGGUGCAAUAAUUUCGCGGCCCGUCUUACCGCUUCAUAUUUGUUUUCCAGUUAAGAUCAUGGGUUAUGGUUACACUGAAAGUUACGAUCCUCCAUAUAGAUUAAAAGAAGCGAUUGUACUCAGGCUUACUGAUGAAGAGUGCCUCGAUGAAUUGCCUUGGCAGUACGCUCCAGGUUACAGUCUUUGUGUUUCUAAUAGCAUUGGCUCAGCUGGAUGUCGAGGUGACUCAGGUGGACCUUUAAUUUGGGAAAAUCCAAAAACUAAUAAAACCUUUAUUUACGGCGUGCUAUCUAUCGUUAGCUUUCAAUGUGCCGAUGCACCUUUUACUAUCUAUGUUGAUGUUUUAGCAUAUAAUGAUUGGAUUGAUAUUGCUGUUUUCAGAUUAACAAUUCAUGAUGAAUUAAGAUCCGGUUCCGAGUGAAUAUGUUCAACUUUCAACGAAAUGAUUCAAAUAAAUUCAAUGGAAGGACCAAAUUGGUUAUUGGUUACCAUUUGAAGAUUGGAUUAUCACUUGAAUCAUUUGAGGCUCAUUGUUUUUUAUUUGUUUUUUAUUCAAAAUUUACAAAAUUAAAAGCUCAACAAAAGAUAAAUAA